AAGUACAAUCAAUCAAACGGUGCAAAAAGGAAUCAAAGCACAAAGGCAUGAUAAUGAAAGAUAGGAGUCUGUGACAUAAAGGUGGUGCAACGGGCAUAAAUCACAAAAGAUGAUUUGAGAGAGAGGAAGUCACUUACGGCUCCUCCUCCUAGUAUGUGAAAAUAAAGUCUUGCUCGGCCAGUUGCUUCAAAGUCUUCACUGAAUGACAUCUCACAUUUGGAAAUGUACUUUCCGUCCAUGUUGCUCCUACAAGGACAUUGAUCAGGCAUGCAAAGAAUUACUGAACCCUCUCGCUGCAGUAUCAGAUUGACCAGACCUGGGAUUUUCCAUUGAGAUUUUCACCAAGCAUGAGCACCUGCGACUUCCCGACGUACAGUGCACACCCACUGCUUGUGUUCGCUCUUGCACUGGUGAUCUUCCUCACGGUGAUGGGAAACCUGCUGGUCAUCGUGGCCAUCGCUCGCACACCUCAGCUGCACACCACCACUAACGUCUUCAUCGUUUCUCUGGCCUGUGCAGACCUUAUCAUGGGUUGUGUGGUCCAGCCAUUGGGCGUCAGCAUGGUGGUAACCAAAAAAUGGCUUUUGGGAACAACGGUUUGCGACCUGUGGACAUCUGUGGACGUGUUCUGCGUCACAGCGAGCAUUGAGACGCUUUGCGCCAUUGCCGUGGAACGUUACGUGGCGGUGACGCGGCCCCUCAAGCAUCAGGUUCUUCUGAACAAACGUAGGGCGGGCUACAUCGUGUGUGUGGUGUGGAUGGUGUCGUCUCUAAUUUCCUUCGUACCAAUCAUGAACCAUAAUUCCCGUGCAUUGAACAAUAACACAAGGAUACGUUAUGAGGACCCAUAUUGCUGUGAUGUCAUUACCGACCCAACCUAUGCCAUCUGCUCCUCGGUAGUGUCAUUUUACGUGCCCCUGGUUAUUAUGGUCUUCGUGUACGGGAAAGUGUUUGCCAUUGCGACCAGACAGUUGAAGCAAAUCGAUAAGGACAGGCAGCGCUUUCUCAGCGAAUGUGUGGACGACUCCGAUAAACAGAAUAAAAGCGAAGAGUCUUGUGAAAGUCCACCUCAUGUGGAAAUAAAAAGUCGGAGAUACAGCCGCAAUCCGAUGAGGCACCUUGUUCUGGAACACAAGGCGCUCAAGACACUGGGGAUUAUAAUGGGCAUCUUCAUCCUUUGCUGGCUACCCUUCUUCCUCUUCAACAUCAUCAGAGUCUUCGAACCUGAGGUUCCACCAUGGGACGUGUUCAUCUUUUUGAACUGGAUGGGAUACGCUAACUCAGGCCUGAACCCGAUCAUCUACUGCCACAGUCCAGAGUACCGUACAGCCUUUCGAAAUCUUCUGAGAGGCAAAAAAAUCACACCGUUGUAUCUCAACGGCAUUCAAAAACACCUACAGACGUUGAACACGUACAUCCAGACCAGCAGCUCUGUGAGAAAGGAUUGCUUAGGUCAUGAAAACCCAGCUGUGGAACAGAACGGAAACACGUGUGCCAGUUUAAAAGGCAACGUGUUUGAGACUAUAAAUGCUGAUCAAGAAACAUUUCAAACCUGACAUGGAUCAGCGUGAAGGGUGGCUGAUGAUGGAAAACAGCUCCCAUCAACGGAUCUUAACUGUACCCUAACAUACGAGUGUUUUUCAGGGGACCAAAGUGAAUCCAAUAAUCAUCAGAUUCGGGCUACGUGCAGAGUUGAGAGACAAACCAGAUUGUUCAAGAGAACAGAAGUAAAGAAGAACAACAGGAAUUGUAUUCGUUCUUCCCUGCGUUUACCUUCAAUCUUUGAUCCUCGCUGCAACUUUCAUUGUCAUGGAGAAAACCUUUUCCAUAAGACUGAAAUAAAAAAUAGAGUCAAAGAAGGAAUAAAUGUAUACACUUUAAUAUAUUUAUACAAAAAUUCAUAUAAUACAAUUUCAGACCUUCAUUCACUGCAUGGAGUCCUAAUCCAGCACAAUGUUGAAGUUGAAGGGCUACUAUGAGAAGAAACAGUAUAUUAAGUCAAUAAAUACACACAAGCAAAUAUAUUUUUACUUGCUGGCUGUAUUUUCACUUUGUUGUAACUUCAAUGUAAUGUCAACGCAAAGGACAUGAUUCAUUUUAAUUGGUCUGUUGUGGAUGUCACCAUCACUGUCAUGUCAAAUGAACAAAACCGCACAGAGUCGUCCAGACUAUAAAAUGCAUUAGUUUGAUGAAACUCGACUGCGCAGUUAUUUAAAUGAUGAGAGAUGCGUCAUUAACUGCAGUCUCUUAAAGGUCACAUCAUCAUGUGAUGAUUCUGGUCCUCUGAUGGCUGUUGCUUUGUUAAAUCUUUCUGAAAUAAGAAUUUAUAAAUCAUCUCAAAGUUUGAAAUUAUAUAAAGGCUGGAUUUGAAUCAAUCAAAACAUUUAAGUGACUCAAAUAAAGUGUGACCUUGUCUGUAAAAUCCAGGCUAAAGUUUCAUAAUCUAAAUGUGAAUUUAAGAACAUCAAAG